AUCAGGACCGAGCAUCGGUAGUGCUUUGCAAAGGAGCCAGAGCCAUAAUCUGGGUAGCUGUAAUGUAGGAGCUGUGCAGGGGGUGGGCAUUUUACAGCUGCAUUGGGGCAAAAUGCCAGCGUCCUGCUCAACCUUCUGCGGAUUCUUGUUGCUAAGGCGCCGCGCUCCAGUUCGAGUGGCGGCCGCUCCCCCCCAAAGAGGCUAUGGCACACGCGUGUCUGAGAGUGGUGAGAGCGUGAAGCGCAUGGGACAGGUUUAUGAAGAGAAUGACUACAGGAAGGUUCAAUUUAUUGCACGACAGAACGAGGUGAAUGAGACCUUUGCUAUUGACUUAAUAGCAGAGCAGCCUGUGAAUAAAGUUGAAAGCCGAGUGAUAUCAUGUGAUGGUGGUGGUGGAGCUCUGGGACAUCCUAAAGUGUACAUAAAUUUCGACAAAGAUACAAAAACUGGAACAUGUGGUUACUGUGGACUUCAGUUUAAACAGAAACAUCACCACUGAAAGAUCAUCCCUCCAUGCCCUGCAGAAUUCUGUCAGGAUUUCAGUUAAAUCCUAAAAUAUUAACAAUAAAUGAAAUUUAACAAAACAAACAAACAAAAAAACAAUCUAGCUCUUAAGGAGCCAUUCCAGGGACUGAGAGAAGAGGGGAAAACAAUGUAUGCUU